GUUUGAGUAAUUACCUUAAUUUCAAACUUGCGUUGCAGGAUUAUUUCUUGUAAUUAAGUAUUGAAUAGACAUCUAAAUCAUUUUUUCUGCCUCCUACAUUCGACCAAAUAAAACUCCACCGCAAUAUUUCAACUAAUUCCUUCCCCAUCCAUUAUCUGAUAUAUAAUGGAAGAGUCAAGAUGGUAUAUUGCCUAUGCAACUGCGUGGCUAUGGGCUGCUGCACUCAUUCUGCUAGCAAAGCAUCUCCGCCGGAGAAAGCUUAAUCUGCCCCCGGGGCCAAAACCGUGGCCGAUCAUCGGAAACUUGGACCUCAUUGGUAGUUUACCCCAUCGGUCCAUCCACGACUUGUCGUUAAGGUACGGCCCCAUAAUGCAGCUCCGGUUCGGGUCCUUCCCGGUGGUUGUCGGAUCCUCUGUCGAAAUGGCCAAGACCUUCCUCAAAACCAUGGACAUCAACUUCGUUGGCAGGCCUAAAACUGCUGCUGGGAAGUACACAACGUACAACUACUCCGAUAUAACUUGGUCCCAGUACGGCCCUUACUGGCGGCAAGCACGGCGGAUGUGCACGACGGAGCUGUUCAGUGCAAAGCGCCUCGACUCUUUCGAAUACAUCAGGAGCGAGGAGGUGAAAUCCAUCCUCUCCGACCUGCACAAAAAGUCAUCAUCGAAUCGAGGACAGCCGCUAAUAUUGAAGGACUACCUCUUCACCCUUAGCUUGAAUGUGAUCAGCCGGAUGGUGUUGGGGAAGAGUUACUUGAAUGAGUCAGAAGGGGAUGUGGUGAGCCCUACUGAGUUCAAGAAGAUGAUAGAUGAACUGUUCUUGCUCAAUGGGGUACUGGACAUUGGAGAUUCCAUCCCAUGGAUUGCAUUCUUGGAUUUACAGGGGAACAUAAAGAGGAUGAAGGCAUUGAGCAAGAAGUUUGAUAGGUUUCUGGAGCAUGUUCUUGAUGAACAUGAUGGUAGGCGGGAAGCCGAGGGGGAGGGGUUCGAGGCCAUGGAUAUGGUGGAUGUUUUGCUCCAGCUUGCUGAUGAUCCUCACAAUGAAGUGAAGCUCGGGAGGAACGGAAUCAAGGGCUUCAUACAGGACUUGUUAGCUGGUGGGACAGAGAGCACUACAGUGACGGUGGAAUGGGCAAUCUCAGAGCUGUUAAGGAAGCCCGGGAUAUUUAAGAAGGCAACAGAAGAACUAGAUCAAGUGAUUGGGAAGGAGAGAUGGGUAGAAGAAAAGGACAUGUCAGAUCUUCCUUACAUCCAAGCAAUUGUGAAAGAAACAAUGCGAUUGCACCCCGUGGCACCUAUGUUAGCACCACGGGAAUGCCGCGUGGACUCAAAGGUCGCAGGCUAUGACAUUCUCAAAGGCACCCGAAUCCUGGUCAACGUCGGGACUAUCGGAAGGGACCCCACCCUGUGGGACCACCCGAAUGAGUUUAUCCCCGACAGGUUCAUCGGGAAGGAAAUCGAUGUGAAAGGCAGGGACUUUGAGCUAUUGCCCUUCGGUGCAGGGAGAAGAAUGUGCCCUGGAUACAAUCUCGGACUUAAAGUCAUUCAGGCUAGCUUGGCUAACCUCUUGCAUGGCUUCAAUUGGAGCUUGCCCGAUGGUUUGAGGCCCGAGGAACUCAACAUGGAAGAGAUUUUCGGGCUCUCUAUUCCAAAGAAAUUCCCGCUUUCAGUUAUUGUUGAACCAAGGCUUCAGGUACGUUGAUUUGUGAGUGCACGAAUCCGGCCUGUUGGGCUUUCAAGGCGACUUAGAACUUCAUGAAUAAAACCCACUUUACUUUGUAUCUAAAACCCAUUCAAAUUGGUCUCGUAGGUCCAAGUGGACUGAUUCCUUUAAAUCAUGUGGGCUGGUGGGGUGGCCUUUAGAAUGUAUUGUAAUAAAAAUUUGAUAGAGUACGUAAUAUUCUCGUUUAGCUCUACUCUUAUUGGCAUAUAUGAC